GGCUGGCAAGAAGGACAGGAGUGAUGCUCUGAACACUGCCAUCGACAGGAUGACCAAGAAGACUAGGGACCUUCGCAGACAGCUGCGUAAGGCGGUCAUGGAUCACGUUUCUGAUUCGUUCCUGGAGACCAACGUUCCUCUGCUGGUUUUGAUCGAAGCGGCGAAGAACGGGAACGAGAAGGAGGUGAAGGAAUACGCCCAGGUGUUCCGCGAGCACGCCAACAAGCUCAUCGAGGUACGUUACCUAAAGUUAAGCAAACAUCUUGGAAGUUUUCUUCAAAUACUGGAGUUGAUGUGUCUUUAGAAAAUGUCAGGUGUUGAA